UGUUGCCCGGGGCCAGUCCAGCGAGUCCAAAAUGACCACCCUGCCUCCACUGCCCGUGACACACCCAAAGCUUGUGACCUUAGCCAAACAGAAGCUGCCAUGCUCCCGUGGAACCAUCCCCAGGUCUCAAUUGAUCAAAGAGAAAGAUGACAUAGAUCAUUAUCUGGAGGUGAAUUUCAAAGGAUUGUCAAAAGAGGAGGUUGCUGCUCACAGGAACUCCUACAAGAAGAAUAUCUGCGUUGACAUGCUACGGGACGGUUAUCACAAGUCCUUCACGGAGCUCUUCGCUCUCAUGGAACAGUGGGAUGCCCUGAGGGAGGCCGCGAGACUCCGGUCCCUCAUCUGGCAGCAGAAGCCCCUGGAGGAGCAGCCGGAGAAACUGGACUACUUCUACCACUACCUGACCAGGGCUGAGGCUGCAGAGAGGAAAGAAUACUUUGAAGAUGUAUAUAACAAUUUGUAUGCGCUGGCCUGUUACUUCAAUAAUUCUGAGGACAAGUGGGUAAGGAACCAUUUCUACCAACGAUGUUUUAAGAUCGCUCAACGGGUCAAAAUUGAUGGCGGGAAGAAGGAAGCCGAGGCGCAUGCGCACAUGGGUCUUCUCCACGAGGAGGAUGGUCAGCUUCUGGAAGCUGCAGAAUAUUAUGAGACAUUCCAUCAAUUGACACAGGGGCGGCUAUGGAAGGAUGAGACAGGCCACAUUCUCAACUUGCGGGCCUGCGAGAGUCUCCUGAGGACUUACAGAUUACUCUCUGACAAGAUGCUGGAGAAUAAAGAAUACAAACAGGCCAUCAGAAUUCUAAUAAAAGCUACUGAAAUAGCCAAAGAAGCAAAUGACAAGAAGAUGGAAGGAGAAGCUUCCUAUUACUUGGGAUUAGCACACUUGGCUGCUGCAGAGUAUGAGACAGCACUAACUGUCCUUAACACGUGCUGCAGAAUCUCUGCAGACCUCGAUGAUGAUCUCAGCCUGGGGAGAGCCUAUGAAGCAGUAGCCAAGGUCUUGAGGAGCCAAGGAGAGACAACAGAAGCAAUUAAAUACUUGAAAAAAUACUUGAAAAUUUCCAGAAACACUUUUCAAAGCCUAGAUAUUGUGAGAGCAAGUACAAUGCUUGGAGACAUCUACAACGAAAAAGGAGACUACAGCAAGGCUUCUAAAUCCUUCCACCAAGCUUUUGACACAACUGUAAAGCUAAUGAACAUGUCUCUGAUGGACGAGACCAAAGUUCAUUACGGAAUAGCAAAAGUGGAUCAGAUGAUGCUCACAAUAAGCAGCUACAUAGAAUCGGCAGAUCUCACCAGCCUCGACUCUUUGCUGUCUUGGAAGGAGAGCAGAAGUGACAUUGAACUUAAUCUGGUUACUGGAGAGUCUAGAAGAUCCACAGAAGAAAGUGAAAUUCAAAACACAGAAUAUUUGGAAGAAUUCAACAGGUUUCUAGAUGAAAAAACUGAAACUUAAAUAAAGCGGCUUUUGACUCAACAUCAAAGCAAGAAGAAAUUU